AGCCAGAUUAAUAUUAAGAGAUGCAGCAAUUAGCUUUACAGCAGGAGAAAACGAAACCCCAGUUUUUGGAUGGACACUACAGUACUGUGUCUGUUCACCUGACCCCAUGAAGUUAUCAUGAUCAACUGAUGAUGCCUUGCUCUUGUUGUAUCUAUUUUCUAUAUAUAGGCCCGCUCCCUCUGUUCAUGACUUGUCUCUCUGUUCUCAAGUUAAGAAGAUAGACUUAAUUAUUAGAAGAAGAAUAUGGAUUUGGUUUCGGUUCACAGUAGCUCCUCCCUUGAACCACCCAAGUUGAUAACCAUCAAGGCACUGACGGAAUCAUCGGCUACUGGCACUGCCCUGAAGUCCAUCCCUUCCCACUACAACUGCACCAGUACUUACGAUAAUCCCUGUGAAAACAAAGGCGCAGACGCUUCAUCAUCAGACCCACAGGACGCCCUUCCGGUCAUUGAUUUUUCGUUGCUUACCUCUGCAGAUUCCGAGAAGCGCUCCAAAGCCAUCCAAGACCUCGCCAACGCCUGCCAAGAAUGGGGCUUCUUUUUGGUGAUUAAUCACGGCGUGCCAGAGAGCUUGAUGAAGGCAGUCAUUGACGGGUUGAUCGAGUUCUUCAAUCUGAGGGAGGAAGAGAAGAAAGAGUUCGAAGGGAAGCAUGUGUUGGAUCCAAUCCGGUGCGGCACCAGCUUCAACCCGAAGAUGGAAAAGGUUUUCUUCUGGAGGGACUUUCUCAAGGUGUUUGUGCAUCCUCAAUUUCACUUCCCCAACAAGCCCCCUGGUCUCAGUGAAGUUGCAGGUGAAUAUUGCAGAAGAAGCCGACAAGUAGUGAGGGAGUUACUGAGAGGAAUAUCGGAAAGCUUGGGGCUGGAAGGAAGCUAUAUUGACAAGGCAAUGGAUCUCGAAUCAGGAUUUCAGGUCUUCGUAGCAAACCUCUAUCCUCCCUGCCCACAGCCGGAGCUUACAAUGGGCAUGCCCCCGCAUUCCGACCAUGGCUUACUGUCCCUUCUCAUUCAAAACGACACCCCAACUGGCGGCCUGCAACUCCAGCACAAUGGCAAGUGGGUGAAUGUAAACGCCCCUCCCAACUGCUUCCUCAUCAACACCGCCGACCAUCUCGAGGUGCUCAGCAAUGGCAAAUACAAGAGCGUUCUGCAUCGGGCAGUUGUGAACAGCCAAGCCACCAGGCUAUCCUUAGCCAUUGCCCACGGACCGUCACUCGACACAGUCGUCGGGCCGGCGCCGGAGUUGGUGGACGGUCAACCACCGGCCUAUAUUCCAAUGAGAUACAAGGAAUAUAUGGAGCUUCAGCAAGACAACGCGCUUGACCGGAAAUCCUGCUUGGACCGAGUUCGGACAGUGUGAUGAGCAACCUCGUACACACGAUGGAUGGAUCAUCAAUCGAUAUUGUUGGAAGAUACAAGGAAUAUAAGUAUAUCUCUUGUUCUUAGGUGCGUUGUGUUGUGGUUGUAUUUUUUACUUCUGUUUCAACUUCUGAUUUUGUAUCGUUUUCUUGAUACUUCUCUUGGUCUUGGCCAUGUGACUAUGAGUGAUUGAUUUGCAGGGAAUAUCAACAAAGUGAAAUAAAGUUCAUUAAUUACCAA